CACGACAGGUCGCAACGUGUGUGACAGAAAUGUUUCUCCUUCGACGCGCACAAAAUUCGAUAUGCACCAUCUGCCGGUAUCGUAGUUAUACCGCAAAGGCAGCAGCAGCAGGGAGUCCUAGCGAGAGUUCUCAGAAACAAAGUCCUGCAGCAACACCCAAAUCAUCCUGUGCCGCUGAUACUGUUCUCACUGGCUUGAAUUAUCUAAAAGGGCAAGAAACCGUUCUCGCGAAACCAGAUGAAUGGUAUCCAGAUUGGUUAUGGACUAUCCUUGAACCGAAAAAACUGGAAUAUGACGGACCAGGCGGAAAGUAUGAGCGAGCAGAAAGGAGAAAGGAAAACAAGCAGAGGAUAAAAGAGAGAAAUUUCAUGCUGACACAGUAGAAGCGGUUGCUGGUUCUAGUAUGAUGUUCGGACUAAGGUGAGUAGUUUGCAGCCUGCUUUGGAAGUUCCUUAAGCCUUUCAGGUUUCUCAUGGGUUGCCCAUUUCCGCUAUAGAGCUUGCGACCUUACUACCGCAUUGUUAUCCUACUGUCAUACAUCAUUAUCGUAUAAUCAAGUUGACGUUUUGGCUUUCACCACUCGCGAGCAUCGGUCGAUAUCACAAUACUUA